AUGCUGGAUUGCACGCAUGAUGCAGAUGGACGAAACACCUUGGAGGACUUCAGACUGGGUGCCACAAGGGUGGACAAAGAACAGGGCUUGGGUCAAAGCUAUUAUUACGAGAAAGUGGGAUUUCGCGGAGUGGAAGAGAAGAAGUCUCUGGAGAUAUUGCUCAAGGAAGAUCCUCUAGACUUAAUAAAAUUGAAGCAUUUCUGUGCGAGAUUCCCAGUCCUCGAACAAUAUCGUAUCUCCAUGUGGAAGGUUCUGCUUGGGGUAGUGCCACCAUACCAAUCAUGUCGAGAAUUUGUGAUGCAACAGCGCCAGGAGCAGUACCAGGAUUUGAUUAGACUUGUCACAAAUGUGUUGAAGUGGAGCCCAUCAGAAGCACCUCUCCAUCGAACCUUUGUGCUGAUGUGGCUCGUGGAGACAAGACGACUUUGUUUUGAUCGGCAUCGACAGUUUGAGGAUACUGAAGUGCAGUCCAUGGAAACAUUGGCAGGAACUCUGCUUGACAUGUUUGAUGACUCUCCUAUCAUCUGCUAUUGGAUGGCGAAGAACCUAAAGAGUCUCAGCAGUGAAUUGGAACCAAAAUAUCCUAUCUUCAUUGAUCUUUUUUGGACCACAUUGGAGAAAGAGAAUGCUAGAUUGCAACAACACCUGGUGAAGAUUGGAUACUCCAAAGUUAUUCCACUUGAGAUUUGGUUUCGGGAUUUCUUUGCAGGCAUUCUCCAUCAAUCAGCUCUUCAGAGAGUAUGGGAUAAGGUGCUUGGUGGCUCACCCAAAGUACUGGUUUUCGUGGCCCUUGCUUUGCUUUUGACUCUUCGAAUGACACUUAUAACAAGAAAGUUAUGCCAUGAGAUUGAGGCUUCCAUUGCAACAGCUAUAACUUCCACACUCCGAGUCUCUGAGGACAGUGCAUCACAAGUUGUCCUAAAUGCAUUUGAUCUGGGACAGAAGCAUGGAUACUUGAUGACCUCAUGAAAGCUAAAGCAACUCCAAAUAAGCUGCUUUGGCUUUUGCUGGGAAGUUCCAAAACAAUGCAUAAUUUCCUCCAUAAAAAUUUGCACAGAGGUAAAAAAGUAUUUUUACUACUGGUUCAAACACCUGGAUUACUUGCUGCAUGAACUGCAUAUAGUGAAGUAUACCAUGAAUGUGAUCAAGGGUUGGAUUUAUGCAAAGGAUGUUCAAAAACUAACAGGAUUAAACCUGAUUAGUAACAGGAUAAACCAGAUUUGAAGCUCUAGAAUAACAGUACCAUCAACUUUCUUUGUACAAUUAGACAAAUUUGAAACCUCUAAUCAUAAUUGGGCAAAGCACU